AUUAGCAAAUGGUAUUUCCGGAGUAAAGAUGGCGUUGAAUUGAGAAAUUUUAAGUUAUUUCACUACCGAUGUAAACGUCAAAUCUAAAAACAAUUAAGUCUAAUUAGGAAAAAUGUCAUGUAAAAUUGGAGCAAGAGUCGAAAUUGUUGGAAAAGAUUGCCAAGGAUGUAUUGCUUAUAUAGGCCACCCGUCUUUCGCGACAGGAAAAUGGAUUGGAGUGAUAUUGGAUGAGCCAAAAGGAAAAAACAAUGGAACAGUUAAAGGUCAAUCGUAUUUUAAGUGUUCCGAAAAUCAUGGAAUGUUCGUUCGCCAAAGUCAGUUGAUAAUUCUUGAUGACUCUGGAAACAAAGUAGACACAGGCCUUUCAACCAGUACUAAUAUUUCUACUCCAGAUGAAGCUGGUGCUGCUAGAGCUCGCAGCCGACUUACCAGUUCUCGUUUGUCAUUAACUGGCAGUCGAACACAGUUGAGUUUUCCCAGUCCUGAAAGUUCAGCAGGAUCACAACAUGAGCGUAAGGAGACUAGUGAAUCCGGAAUACCUGUUCCUACUACAAUUAAACGUGCCUCUUUUGUUGAGACCGGUUUUGUUGAGACACUGAAACCAAAUUUUGUACCUGGGCAAGUCAUGGCCGGUUCGAUAUCUUCGAAUUUGGGAACAUCAGGUUUCGGGUCUAAUACCGUAGAAGAAAAACUCAGCCAUUUGCAAUUAGUACAGGAAAACGAUAACUUGAAAGCUCAGGUAAGUGAUCUUAAUGAAAAAGUUGAAACUUUGCGGGUUAAAAGAAUGCAAGAUAAAGAAAAGAUGAAGGAGUUUGAAAAAACUAAACUUCAAGUCGAGCAACUCUUGGAAUUCAAAUCUAAAGUGAUGGAAAGUCAAGCAAGUCUUCAAAGAGAACUCCAACGUACUAGGCAAGAGUUACGUGAGACGCAGCUAGCAAAAAGUACUUAUCAAGAUGAAAUGGCUGAUCUUGCGGAAACGGUUGAAAUGGCGACUUUGGAUAAAGAAAUGGCUGAAGAAAAAGCUGAAACUCUUCAAAUUGAAUUGGAACAAUUGAAAGAAAAACUAGAGGAAAAGACACUUGAUCUAGAAAUUUUACGCAACGAAAUGUCUGAACAGGUCAGCGGAAGUAGUGUAUCUAGUGGGAAAGGACUUUCAUCAUAUGAAAUGAAACAGUUAGAACAGCAAAAUAUUCGGCUUAAAGAAACUUUGGUAAAAAUGCGAGAUUUAUCAGCCCAUGAAAAACAUGAGUUUCAAAAAAUUCAAAAAGAUCUUGAUCAAAAGAAAUCUGAAAUAUUGGAAUUAGGAAGAACUAAAGAGAAGUUAUCUGCUAGGGUUGAAGAAAUGGAACAUCAAAUAGCAGAUCUACAAGAACAGGUUGAUGCAGCUUUAGGCGCUGAAGAAAUGGUUGAAAUGCUUGGUGAAAAAAAAAUGGUCCUCGAAGAACGAGUUAAUGAUUUAGAAGAAGCAGUUGCUGAUUUAGAAGCUCUUCAAGAUAUGUCUGAUCAAUUGGCAGAAUCUUCAAAAGAAUUAGAGCUCGAACUUCGGGAGGAAUUGGAUUUGGCAUUAGGUUCAGCUCGAGAUGCACAGCGGCAUCGCGACGCUGCAUUAGAAACUUUAGCAGACCGUGAAUUGACCAUCGCUAAAUUUAGAGAACUUACUAACCGUUUACAAGAACAAUAUCAACAAUUACAAAACCGUGUACAGUCAACCGAAUCCGUAUACUCGGGCACUCGAGGUACUGAUCAACAACUAGCUGAAAUUUUGGACUUCCAAAAGACAUUUGCAGAAACUCGUGCCCAAACUAAAGCAGUUGAUCUUGAAUUACGUCGCUUGGACAUUGAGGAAGCUCGCACUCAUGUUAAAUAUUUACUUCUAUUUAUGCCACCAGCUUUUCUAACUCGAGGAGGUGAUCAUGAUGCGAUAAUGACACUUCUUCUAAUUCCUAGAAUGAUUCAAAAAACUGAAAUAUUAAUUUCACAAAUGAGGGAUAAAUAUCAAACUGUUGAUAAUGUUGAUAGAUCUUCAUUAGUAAAAGGCCACUUGGUCGCUCAGUAUAUAUUUAGAUCUUCUCUUUGUGGUCAUAUAUAUGCUUUGCAAACAGUGCUCGGCGCUUUCGAGUCAACUCUUAAUGUCUGCUCACCAGAAACUUUGUUAAAAGUCGGCGCGGCGUAUCCAGAGAUGGUGGCCCAAGAGAAAGCUGUAGACUCACUAAUUUAUCUUGCUAAGAAAGAUCAAUUAGAUGAAAACGUUUCAACGGAAGCUAUAGAAAAAUGCUGCGUUUAUUUUGGAACCAUGUUUUCUGUUCUGUUUGAUGAUAGUUCAGUAGCUAAUCAACCGAAAAUGGUCGUCAAUGGAACGAAAACACUUGGAAAUAUUUGUGAUGCUUUAACUGUAGAAGCAAGUUCUAUCAAGACACUUUUAGAUGGCGAUGGUGGUGAUAUUGGCCUUUUGUGUCAACACAUUGAAACAACUUGCGAAGUGAUCCAACAACAUUUGAGUUCGGCAAGAAGACGCGUUCCUCGUGAUCAAAUAUCCAAUAGUGGAACAAGCACUGCUAUAAAUUUAGGGCUUGACAAAGAUUGGCUUCGUCAGUUUGUUAAUUGCUAUCAAAAUGCUGUCAAAGUAACUAAAACACUUCAAGAUUUAUUAAAGAGUGCAAUCCAAACAAUUAUUGCCAAUGGAGACUUAGACCACGGUAUUAAUGCACAUAAAUUUAAAGAAAUGGCUGCAAUGUCUAGUGAAAAAAUUUUUGACACUGAUGAUUUAGGGCCGAUUUCAACAUUAAAAUCAAGCUUAGUAAUUGUUCAACAAAUGGCAGCUGAUUUGGCUCAGAAAAUGGUAGAGUGUGAGAAUGAAAUAAUAACAGUUCGACAGACAUCAGUGAAUCAAUCAUCGGCAAUCGAUGCAGAAAGUUUAUCUCCAAUAAGCUUACGAGCUCAGACUACUCGAAAAGAAUUUGAAGAAACGAAGAAUCUUGCAAGAAAAUUAGAAACAAAAGAUGUUGAUAUACGGGAAGUAAAGCUGGCACUCCGUGAGAAACAAGAAGAACUUUCAGAGAUGAUGUUACGAAAAGAAUUGGCUGAAAAACGUCUUGCAAACCAGCAACAUGAUCACGAGCUUACUGUUGAAAAGCUCAAAAGAAAGUUAGAAGAAGCCUUGAAUCAAUUGAAACGCAAAGAAAAAGAAUUCGAAGAAACUAUGGAUCACUUGCAGACUGAUAUCGAUAGUCUCGAAUCUGAGAAAGGUCAAUUGAAAGAGAAGUUAAAAUCUCUUGGUAAAAAGGUCACAACUCCUGUAGUUGGAAUCCCUUCACCAGGCGGUAGGUCAGACAAUAACUUCUUGUCUGGAAGUAAUGAAAAUAAUCUUAUGUCCGGAGUUCCAAUUGCUUUUGACAACAGACUUUUAGUGCAAGAGAUUUCAGCAUUAAAAGAAGCUCUGGUAAAUGAAAACCGAUUGAAAAGUAAACUUAUAGCAGAAUCGCUUAAGAAAAAAAUGAGUGAUUUGAAUCCUCUUUCUAAGCCCCUCGCGCAUGAGUAUUCUGAUUCCAGUAUCGAAUCAUUACAAGAAAAACGGCUUGAAUUGCUCAAGGACCUCCACAACAUUAUGUUAUAUAAUGCGAUUCCGGACUUGAGUAAGAAUUCACAAUCUGAUACGAAAAAUGUUAUACUUGAAAAGUCAACUCCUGCAUAUGAGUUUAUAAAACGUAAAUUACUUCUAAAAGAGUUAACUGAACGUAUGCAGAAUCUAACGAAUGAAGUUUAUCAAACAAGCGUAACAAAGGCAAUGGGCGCAAGAGUUUCGACAAACUUUUCAGUAUUUCCUAGCCGCAAAAUGGUUUCCGCAAUGCAAGAGAAAAAUAGUGUACUUGCAGCCCAAGUAAAUAUCCCAUACUCUGGACCAACUCAAGUACACAAUAUCAAAAUAGGUACCGAAGACUUACGAAAAGUCCAUUCACUUCUAUGUUAUUGAAGAAUAUUUAAUAUUUUACUCUUAUACCGAAGAAAUAUUACAAUACUCGAUCUUAGAUGUUGUUAUUAUUAAUUAUUUAUUUAAAAUAGACCUUAAAAUUUUUUUGAGUUUAAAAUUUUUAUGGAAACUACUUAAUUUCUAAGGCGACUUUAUAUUUUUUGAAAACAAAUAAAUGUAUCAUAAUUAAUA